GCGGAGUAAACACUAAUGCUUCGCCUCUUCCUAUGUUUGUCAACAGUUGCCACUUCCACAAAGUCAUAAACCCUGCCUAUUUCUAUAAUUUAUCUUCUUAAAAUGUGAUGUUAAACCAAACCACACUGUUAACUCUAACUAAUUGUUGUUUUCAUAGAUGUUAACGAUACAGCUAAUUUUGAAGCAGUGGUAACCUUCCUUUCAGCAAACCCCACAUUUCCCAUCAGCCACCACAAUAUUCACAGGCGCUCCAUUGAAGGUAUUUCUCAUUUUGUACUAAGGACUAACCACUCAGUUAAACGUUAGAUUAAAAGCUUCGCAAUGUCCGAGCUUUUUAUGGAAUGUGAGGAAGAGGAGCUGGAGCCAUGGCAGAGACAGACACCCGAAGUUAAUUUGUUGGGCGACGGUAAACAUGAUGACGACGACGAUGAACCUAUAUUUGUUGGGGAGCUUAGUACUUCAAAGGGCACCAUUAUUAACACCAGACCAACAAACAACCAAAGAAAUGUGAAGACCACCCCAGUUCAAAGUGGUGGAGUUGGAAGACCAAGAGCCCCUAGGAUGAUAAUGACACACAACUCCCCCCAAGCUCAUCUCACUCGGGGUCCAGUUCCCCACAACAUCAUAAUUCCUGGGAAAGGGUUGAACAAUGCACCUCGACCCUUAACAGCAGUACCUCCACAGCCCAUCAUUAUCAACAACCAGGGUUACAUUAUGACCACACCACAGUUAUCAGCCAACUCAGCUUUCCUUGCUUCCCUUGGGAAACAGUAUCCCCCUGGGACAUCUUUCACUGUGGUUCCAGCAGGCCAGCAGCACAUUCUGCAGCAGAUGACUCCAGCAGCAGGCCAGCAGCACAUUCUGCAGCAGAUGACUCCAGGGAAGCUUUUACCUGGGGUUAUCCACAGGCCUCAAGUGCACAUGAUCCACAACAACGUAGUGACCUUGUCCAAUGUGCAGGGCCCCGCUGCAUUGUCUUCCCAGCCCAACCGCUCAAAUUCUACCAACCUCCAGAUUGUGUCCCCAGUUAUUCAAGCCAAAGGCAACAGCUGGGACUAUGGCAAACGAGGUUUACCUCAAGACCAAAACAGCACAGCUAAAAAAGCAAAGCAGGGCAUAGGGUCUCCCCACGCCCAGGAGAUAUUAGAAAAUGGAGCACGUUUUUGUAAAAAAUGUCCAAAGUGUAAAUUUGAUUUCUACCAACAAGCUGCCAUGAAAGACCACAUGGUGAAAUGUUGUCCUCACCUGUUGGAGUGUGUCUUCCCCUCAACCCCAAAGUCUACUUACCUUUUUGCAAGCAAGCGCAUCAUGCUUGUCACAGACUUCUACUAUGGUAGAUUUGAGGGAGACAAACCAAAAUUGCAGCAGCAGAAGACCCCAUUUACCUAUAAGUGCCAGAGCUGUUUGAAAGUACUCAAGAACAACGUCAGGUUCAUGAACCACAUGAAGCACCAUCUGGAGCUGGAGAAGCAGAACAGUGAGAGCUGGGAAAGCCACACUACCUGCCAACACUGCUACCGGCAGUACUCAACCCCAUUCCAGCUGCAGUGCCACGUUGAGAGUGCCCACAGCAUGGUCGAAUCUUCAACCAAUUGCAAGAUAUGUGAAUUAGCCUUCGAGUCUGAGCAAGUGCUCCUGGAACACAUGAAGGACAACCACAAGCCUGGCGAGAUGCCCUAUGUCUGCCAGGUGUGCAACUACCGGUCUUCAUUCUUUACCGAUGUGGACACACACUUCCGUACGGUGCAUGAAAACACAAAGGAUCUCCUUUGUCCAUUCUGCCUUAAAGUUCUUAAAAGUGGUCAUGUCUACAUGCAGCACUAUAUGAAGCAUCAGAAAAAAGGAAUUAAUCGUUGCGGGAAAUGCAGGCUGAAUUUCCUCACCUACAAGGAGAGAGUGGAUCACAAGACUCAGCACCAUAAGACUUUCCAAAAACCCAAAGCUCUGGAGGGCCUUCCUCCUGGAACCAAGGUGACUAUCCGGGCCUCUCUGACCGGGCCAUCUCCCAGUUCCACCCAUGCUGCUGAAAAAUCCAGUGUCAGUGUCAUACCAGAGGUCUCAGGCAUGAAGGUAGCCAAAGUAAAAGCUCAGAGUAGUACAUCUACCACACAGGGCAGCAGUGGGGGUAAAGGCAAGGCCACAGUGAGCAAGAAGCUCCUUAAGCAGCAGAAGAACAACCAUGUGUUGCAGAGUCUCAGUAUUGGCGAAAGAAGACACACCUGCAUUGAGUGCUACUCGGAGAUUUAUGAUUUCUAUAGUCACUAUCCCAUGGUUGCAAUUUGUGGUGCAUGCAAGUAUCGGACAAGUUGCAAAACUUCAUUUGGAAACCAUAUGAUAAGGUUCCAUAGUGCAAUCUCAAAAGAGAGAUUCCGGAAAAUGAGGAAAAUCCCAGUUGUCCUAAGGAAUUUAACCCUUGUCUGUCUGAACUGUGACUUCCUGGCGGAUGCGCAUGGAACUGACCUCAUGAGCAAGCAUUUGAUUGACAGACCACACCACGUCUGUAAGGUCAUUCUAGAGAAAGGAGAAGGUGGUGCUGUAGAUGACGGCAUUAGAGGAAAUAAGCAAGGGAUGUCUACUCUGAUGUUCCCUGAUAUCCAGAAUGCUGAAACUGCCACAGUGAGUGGCGCUUUUGAACAAUUGCACAGUAUUCCUAGAUUUGAGACCUCCAAUGUCUUGAUGAUCACCCCAGCUGCUGAAAGAGGGGAUGGGCCAGAGGUAAUGCAUGUUCAGACCCAAGAGUCAGGAAGAGGUGAUGUUAUUCUACUAGACAACGAUGAUGCAGCAGUUAACCAGCUAGUAGUGGCAGAAGUGCAAGGGCUUCCACAGAUCUCUACAGUAGAUCAGAUCCAGGGAGUCACACAGGCUACAGAGCUAGAAACACCCAUGGAAAGUUCAGUCGAGGAAGACCAGUCUUUGCAGUCAGGGCCCAUAGUAAGUGAAACACUCAUGGAAAGCUCAGUUGAGGAGGAGCUGAGGGAGGAGUGGGCUUUGCAGUCAGCUACCAGGUCCCCCUCUAGUUCUUUGGCCUGUGAGUUAGAGGGGGACGUGGCGUGUUUGCAUGAGUCAUUAAGCAAACCGGAAUCUGUGAGCUUUGACGACAGUAAGACGGUCAGCGCUUCCCUGGAGACCAUCCCCCUAAAUGUAGACCAAGAGGUGAACAAUAUUGUGGAAGCAAAGGACAACUCCUCGUCCUCUCAAAGUCCAGCUGAAGUCAGGGCAGAGAACAAAGACAUUCUCUCCAGUCCUGAAACACUGAAGGAAUCAGCAGCCUCGGAGUAGAGAAAAGUGGACCGGAUGUAUUUUUAAGACUGCAUACUAUUGAAAUGUAUUUCUCUUCCCCAUUUUCUUAGUUUACUGUCCUUAACCAGAUGGAGAUAAGCUGAGAUGUGCUAUGUGUUUAUUAGAUUUGACAUUUGGAAAAACAUGUAUCAUUUUUUUCUAACAGCAGUGCAAGAUUUUACUUCUGUCAAACUUUAAAUUUGGUUGUAAGCUUUCAAUGAAAGUGAAAAUGGUACACAAUGUGAAUAAUUUGACUUUCUGUAGUGUGUCGAAAAAUACAAAAUCUGAAUGUUUAUGCUUUCCUUGAUCUAUGAACUUGUACUCAAGUGUGAAAAAUCAUGGAAAUAUCUUCUUGACUAUCCUUCCACUAGUAGUUAUAGGCCUUUUGUGUUUAUUUUGGAUACCUCUACUUCCAUUGACUUUUCAUUUAAUGUAUUUUUAAUAUACUAAACCCAGCAAAUCACUGUCAACUGCGUUUAUUUUCAGCAAACUUAACGUGUAAAUAUUUGUAUGAGCAUAAGAUUCAACAAGUGAGACAUAAACUGAACAAGUUCCACAGACAUGUGACUAGCAGAAAUUGAAUGUGUCCCUGAACAAAGGGAGGGGGGUCAAAAUCAAAAGUAAGUCAGUAUCUGGUGUGGCCACCAGCUGCAUUAAGUACUGCAGUGCAUCUCCUCCUCAUGGACUGCACCAGAUUUGCCAGUUCUUGCUGUGAGCUGUUACUCCAUUCUUCCACUGAGGCACCUGCAAGUUCCCAGACAUUUCUUGGGGUAAUGGCCCUAGCCAAUUCCCCCAAUGCAGAACACUGACAUUCCUGACUUGCAGGAAAUCAAACAGGGAACGAGCAGUAUGGCUGGUGGCAUUGUCAUGCUGGAGGGUCAUGUCAGGAUGAGCCUGCAGGAAGGGUACCACAUGUAACACACAGCAUUGAGAUUGCCUGCAAUGACAAGCUCAGUCCGAUAUGCUGUGACACACCAUGACAGACCCUCCACAUCCAAAUUGAUCCCGCUCAAGAGUACAGGCCUCAGUGUAACGCUCAUUCCUUCAACGAUAAACGCGAAUCCGACUAUCACCCCUGGUGAGACAACUGCGACUCGUCAGUGAAGUGCACUUUUUGCCAGUCCUGUCUGGUCCGUCGGCGGUGGGUGUGUGCCCAUAGGCGACGUUGUUGCCGGUGAUGUCUGGUGAGGACCUGCCUUACAACAGGCCUAUAAGCCCUCAGUCCAGCCUCUCUCAGCCUAUUGCGGCCUGUCUGAGCACUGAGGGAGGGAUUGUGCGCUCCUGGUGUAGCUCGGGCAGUUUCCAUCCUGUACCUGUCCCGCAGGUGUGAUGUUCGGUUGUACUGAUCCAGGUGUUGUUACACGUGGUCUGCCACUGUGAGGACGGUCAGCUGUCCGUCCUGUCUCCCUGUCUUCGGCGUCUCACAGUACGGACAUUGCAAUUUAUUUCCCUGGCCACAGCUGCAGUCUUCAUGCCUCCUUGCAGCAUGCCUAAGUCACGUUCACGCAGAUGAGCAGGGACCCAUGGCAUCUUUUUUUGUGUGUUUUUCAGAGUCAGUAGAAGGGCCUCUUUAGUAUCCUAAAUUUUCAUAACUGUGACCUUAAUUGCCUACCUGUAAGCUGUUUCUUAACAACCGUUCCAAAGGUGCAUGUUCAUUAAUUGUUUAUGGUUCAUUGAACAAGCAUGGGAAACAGUGUUUAAACCCUUUACAAUGAAGAUCUGUGAAGUUAUUUGGAUUUUUACAAAUUAUCUUUGAAAGACAGGGUCCUGAAAAGGGGAUGUUUCUUUUUUAUGCUGAGUUUUAUAAUCCAUCACUUUCCCUUUGUCUGUAGUUUGAGAGCAAUCCAAUGGAUUUGAAUCAUUUGAGGGAGUUUGAUUCAAAUGAACUGUGGUACACCGGUCUAUGGCCUGUCACAGGCAAAAGCAGUGAGGGGGGAGGAGCGCACUUCUCAAAUCGAGCAGUAGUCCACGCCGCUCGGUCAUGUUGUCAACUGGCAGCAUGGUGCAUCAUCCAGAAACACUUCCAUAAAAAUGUUUGAAUUUUCAAACUACUUUGCAUUGGGAAGGCAGAUAGUGUUUUGAUCAAAAGCAGUCACCUUUUUCACUUGAAACCAGUAUCCUAUGCCAUACUCCACGUGCUUAACCUACGUCAUUUUUGUUUUGAGACAAUUUUGCCAUCAGCCAGAGCGGGGCACCUGGCUUGAAAAAGAAUGCAAUCACUUUUCACCAGUGCAAAUUCCUCCCACUGUGGGCAACUGGGCCAGGUAAUCUAAUCCCCUCAGUGUUUCCAUUGCAGUCGUGCUAACAUGUAAAUAAACUUUGGUAAUACAUUAUGGAAUCUA